CAACGAGGGAGAGUUCCCCUGCGAAAAUGUUCAUCCACACAUCACCAUCGCGAACGCGCCGGGUGUUCCGCCUGUGUACAGCAACGAGCUGCUGGACGAUUCCCAUGCGGAUGACCCGUGCCGCACCGUCGUCAGUCUCCCCGCCGGCACACGCGUCACCGGGACAUUUGUCUUCAGGUAGCCGUGAGGGACACUGCGGUGCUCGCCGCUGGCUGCAGUGGCAUCCUCUGCCACCCCAUGCUGGGCUCGUGGGUGCUGGUGGCCGUGGUGGUGUAAGCACCUGCUUUGUGACUGCAUCGCCGAGUGUAGUGCAUGACGUUCCCACACUCCCGUGGCGACCCCGCUUCCCACAUUCAGUAUUGUGA